AUGGUUGAGUGCCCCGCCAUUGCAAUCGCAGGCCUCGCAUGCGAGACUUCAGUUUUCACGCCCUCCAGGACGCUUUCGCCUGCUUUCCAAGCCAAACGCGGACACGAAAUCAUCAAAUACUAUCCUUUCAUCGACAAUGAUGCCCCCCUGGGGAGAAUCGCGCAUUGGCACGGGGCUCUGAUCGGUCAUGCCCUACCUGGAGGCAUUGUAACGCGUGCCUCGUUCGAGGAGCUCGCCGACGAGAUCAUAGCCAGACUGAGGCUCAUUGUAUCAUCGACUACCAUUCAUGGACUGUGGUACGAUAUCCAUGGCGCCAUGUGCGUCGAAGGGAUGGAUGACUGUGAAGCAAAGCUCCUUCGGCGUAUACGACAAGUUAUUGGCCACGGUGUCGUUGUGUCGGCGUCCAUGGACCUGCACGGCAAUGUCAGUCGCGAACUCGUGCACGAGACAGAUCUCAUCACCUGUUACCGCACCGCACCGCACAUUGACGUGCGGGAGACCAAGGAGAGGGCUUGCCGUAACUUGGUCGAGCUACUCAUGGAGGCUCCCGCUGGAAGACGAGCAGAUGGCAGACUCGUGCUGCCUCUCAAAUCAUGGAUCCCUCUGCCAGUCCUACUUCCAGGCGAGCAGACCUCAACCCGCGUCGAGCCGGCAAAGCACAUCUAUGAUGCCGUUUCCGUUGCAGAGUCGAAGAGCGGUGUAGUCGAUGCUGCAAUCUGGGUUGGCUAUCCAUGGGCUGAUGAGCCACGAAACCGUGCGGCGGUCGUGGUGACAGGCUGGAAUCCAGAUUCUGUUAAGCAUGAAGCUGAGAAACUGGCUCAGGUGUUUUGGGAUGCUCACGAGGACUUUGACUUUGUCGGUCCGACAGGAUCUUACGACGAAUGCCUCGACGAGGCCGUCCUAUCCAAGGAUCGUCCGUUCUUCAUCAGCGACUCCGGAGAUAACCCUACAGCUGGUGGAAGCGGCGACAUGACAUGGGGCUUGAUGCACCUGCUAGCUCGGCCCGAGUUCAAACAACCUUCUGGUCCGACAGUGAUCUAUGCCAGUGUGCCCGAUGCCAAAGCAGUGCACACAUGUGUUGACGCAGGCCUAGGUGCAACCGUCACUGUGACUGUCGGCGCCAAGGUUGACGAUAUUCAUGCGGAUCCAAUCACUCUGACGGGCCGAGUGUAUUCGAUCAAACAUGGAGACAGACAUGCCCGAGUCGAGGUUGUUGUGCAAGUGGGCAGUGUCUUUGCUAUCCUCACCGAGCUCCGCAAACCCUACCAUCACGAGCACGACUUCACGGAUCUCGACCUCAAGCCUCGAGAGGCGGACAUCGUUAUUGUGAAGAUUGGUUAUCUGGAACCAGAAUUGCAUGACAUGGCAGCUGAUUGGAGACUUGCUCUUUCGCCUGGUGGUGUGGAUCAAGAUCUGAAAAGACUUGGGCAUGCCCGCAUUCACAGACCCAUGUAUCCGUUCGAUAACUUCGACAAGGCGCCUCCCCUUUCAGCCCGCGUCAUUCCACCUUCGUAUGAACCACUCUGUGGGCCAGAUGAAUGA